AGGGGGAAUUUUGGACACAUUUUAAUGAGUCCGAGUUUUCUUCGGAGCACUUUGCUUACAUGCUGCCGUGUGCCAACCUUCGUGCGAAAAGAAAAAAAAAAGAGCAGCGGAAAGUGUUGGUGGCACGCGAAAGAGCGAGCGAGCGAGCGAGUGCGGCGAGCGCAAGGGAGGAAUAAAAAAACAGAUGACGGGGGAUGAGUAGUGCAGGUGGUGCUUUAAUCGAGGGAGUAGUAGUAGCCGGGCAAGGUAACGCACCCUGCUCGGGUGUGCAAUGCAAAAAGCAUAUGGAACUAGCCGGAGGUACUAUGUAGUCACACCGUGCCGAUGUGUGAGGUGCCAGUCGCAAACUAACCUUCAUCCAGUAACGUUCACACCAGCCGCAAAGCUAGCCAGCCAGCCAGCCAGUCAGCGGGGACAGCGGUUCUAAUACGGGAGGGAGAAGAAACAAAAAAAAGCUGGUGGCCGUGCAGAACACACGCGUUCAGCAUCCACGCUAGUGUUUGAAAUGUGCACCGGCUUGCAAAGUGCUGCUGCGAUUCGCCCAAGUUCCUAAAUAACCUCCGCAGUUAAGUCCCCAGAACCCUGGAGAAAGUGUACAGUGGUAGAUUGGACGUUGCAGUGUGGCGUGCGAGUGUGUUUGUUGUGCGUGUGCCCAAAAGAUAGAGCGAUAGAGAGUGCAUGUGAAGGAGUGUACCGUCCUUGUGGAGAAUGUCCUGCACAGGCAGAUCCUCGCGAGCGCUGCUUGGGCGGUUGGGCUUAUUCCUACUGCCGCUGCUGCUAAAUCCUACCAGCCGGUGUGAUGCUCAGUGUGUGGGCGGUGUUAGCCAUCGGCUUAAGAUGAGCGCCCUGCUCGACUCCAUCUAUCCACCGUGGUCGGCGGGCUGUCUGUCACGUGCACCAGCCGGUGGGAAACGCGAUGAGCCAAUUGACGAACGGCUACCGGUGGACUGGGACAGUCUCGUGAUAUCUGCCAACGAAAGCCAGGUCCCGACUACCCAGCACCAGCCCAACCUUACCGAUAUCGCGGACUAUCUGCUGGAUGUGACGGUUCAGCACGAGCUGGCUGACAGCGGACCGGUGCACGAUGAGCUGAUGAGCGCUACCGAAGCUGGAUACAUCACCUCGCUGAACCGAAAGAUGUUCAGCAUCAAUGUACCCUUUAACCCUGCGCACAGUGCACGCGUGUCGGACGAAUGCAAGCGACAGUCGGCACUGUUCUUCCGCUCGUAUGCCGCAUCUGAACUGUGGGCACUGCGAAUGCACGACGCCAGCGCGAAGGUCGGCCAGGGCAUCCUGAACGGUAACAUCAACCAGUACGGUGACUUUGACCAGUGUCUGAACAUUCAGCAAAAGCUACUGCACGAUGGCGAUGGUUUACCGGCGGACGGCGGCACGAUGCGCGGGCGGUACUGUAUGGCAGAGGUACAACCGACCAUUAAACCAAACACCCAGGUCCUCAAGCAUCUGUUCGAUCUGAUCCAGGCGCACGGUAUGCUGAAGAGUAAUCUGAACGAUCCCGGACAUCGUGUCCCACGGUUCUCGACGGUGCACUGGGCUCUGUGCGUACCGGCCGGUUGUACGGCGAACGAUAUUCAGCUAUCGCUUGGUGAGUUUCUGCGCGAGUACGUCACCGACACCGGGCUGGAGACGGAGGUGAAGGUACAUCCGGCACUCUGUCAGACGAAGCACUACAUCUGGCAGGAAUACUUCACCGACCGGACCGUGUUCGUGUGGUACGGAUUCCUGCUGUACGGAUUGCUAGUGUUCGCCUCCACUCUGUAUGACCUGAAAGUCCAGAACAAAGUGGAAUGGUUCACGGUGUUUUCGCUGAUCAAAAACACCCGAUCGAUACUGAGCUUCAAGGAGGAGCGGAACGAUAUCGCCUGCGUCCACGGGAUACGCUUCCUGAACGCGAUGCUGCUACUGAUUGCCCACAAAUCGAUGGCACUGUUCUUCAACCCGUACGUCAACCGGACCGAGAUGAGUGAGGUGUUGGGCCAACCGUGGACCGUGAUUGGUCGUGCGGCAGCCAUCUUUACCGAUCCGUUCAUCAUGUUCAGUGGCUUCCUGACGACGUUCUCCUUCAUCGAGCGGUUGCAGAAGGGUCAGCAGGUCCGGCUACACCAGGAGUACAUCGGACGUUUGCUGCGCAUCGUACCACCGCUCGGUGCACUGAUCCUGUUCUGCACCUUCGUGCUGCCAUUUUUAAGCAAUGGACCGCUGUGGAAUCUGGUCGUGACGAACCAUGGCGAUAUCUGCAAGCAGUACUGGUGGCGCAACAUGCUGUUCAUACACAACUACUUCGGGUUUAAGAACAUGUGCCUCACGCACACGCAUCACGUCGGCAUCGAUACGGAGCUGUUCUUUGUGGCCCCGUUGUUCAUAUACUGCGUGUGGAAGUGGCCUCGGCGUGGUAUGAUUGGGCUGCUGUCGAUAGCGCUCGCCACCACCGUGCAUCGGUUCUACGUGACGUACAGCUUGCGGUUGGCCAACUACGUCUACUUCGGCACGUCGGUGAAGCAACUGUUCGAGACGGCCGACUAUAUGUACACGCUGCCGUACUUUCGCGUCACCGUCUACCUGAUGGGAGUAAUGCUAGGCUACGCUUGCUCCAAGUACAAAACGAUGAAACUCACCGAGAAACAAAUGAAAAUUGGAUGGUACAUCAGUACGCUUUCGAUCGCUGUCGCAUUCUUCGGACCGGCACCGAUGGGCUCGAUGCAUUACGUUUACGAUCCGCUGCAUGCGGCCAGCUACGCCGCCUUCUCACCGAUUGCGUGGUGCCUGUUCUUCGCCUGGACCGUCUUCACCGCCCAUCUCGGCUACCGAAACUGGGUGAUCGAUAUGUUUUCGUGGCGUGGUUUUCGCAUCACUACCAAAAUUUCGUACGCCAUCUACCUGACCCAGUUUCCGAUCUUCUUCUACAACGUGGGACGCACCAGGACGCCACAGUUUUUCGAAUUCUGGCCAGCCGUUAUCUUUAACACCAACGAGUAUUUGGUCGUGUUUUUGUCAUCCUUUCUGCUGACGGUUCUGUUCGAGACACCGUUCAUUAACGUCAAGAAGAUGCUGUUUAGCAGGAACAGCAGCAGUAACGCGAAACUGGCGAGCAAAACUGGCGAUAGCUUAACGAUGGAGGAAUCCCUAUUGACAGCACACCUAACGACGGCACCAUCGACGGCAACGAGCGACCUGAUGGUGGACGAGAAUGAAAACAGUAGUAGGUCUAAGGAACGGUUUGACAGUAAAUUAAAUGGAUAGGUAGUAUUUA